UUCAUAACACAUGUGUUUAUCUCGUGCGGUUAUCUAAAUGAAUUAAGUUUUCUCCUGGAAGUCCGCAAAAACUCACAAAUGGAAGAAGCACUCGUUCGAGCCACAAUCCCUAAAGACCUGGUGAAGGUUCUUGGUGUUGAGUCCCAGACCAGGUCCAAAGCAGACGCCUUCACCCAGGCCUUCCUGAAGAACAGCAUCCAGCAGCACUCACGCCACGACCUGAAGAACAUGCUGACUCACAAAGCUGUGAUCCUGUCUUAUACCAGGCCCAAGAAGGAGAAGAAGAGGAGCAGCAAGAAAGCCAAAGGACUGAAUGCUCGGCAGAAGAGAGCCAUGAAGAUCUUCGACAUCAAGCCUGAACACCAGAAAUACAAGCUUUUCCUGCCUCUGCAUGACCUCUGGAGACAGUACAUUAUUGACCUGUGCAGUGGAUUGAAACCAUCAUGCAAUCCACAGUUUGUGCAGCAGAAGCUUCUGAAGGCAGACUUCCACGGUGCCAUCAUCACAGUGGUUCGGUCCAAAUGUCCGUCAUACGUGGGGACGACAGGAAUUCUGGUCCAAGAGUUCAAACACAUCUUUAAAAUCAUCACCAAAGAGGACAAACUGAAAGUGAUCCCCAAGAGGAACAGCGUGUUUUCGGUGGAGAUCAACGGCUUUGUCUCGCACAUCUACGGGAGCAAGUUUGAGCAGCGAGCCAGCGAACGCUCGGCCAAGAAGUUCAAAGUCAGAGGAACCAUCGACUUGUGACGACAGUGAGUGGUUGAUACAGGACACAGUGAGACUCAACAGCUAACGGAGAGACACUCAGCACUGCCAUGGAGAGAUCUGUGCCAUCUACUGGCCAUCAGGAGGAACAGCAGCUGAUGAU